AUGCUUCCCUUCGGAGCUCCUGUCAUGCCGGGCUUCACUCCCCAGCAGGGACAGUAUAUGGCUCCAGGCAACCCCCAUUCGUCCCAAUCUUUGCAGCCAGAAGGCCCCUUCGUGUACUCUCCUUUCUAUGGUAUGCAGACCAUGGCUCACGCUCUUCCUGGCGUCAUAGGACAAGCUCACGGGAUGCAAGCUCCGCUGCAUGCCUCGACCACUCAGCUCCAGCUUUCAGUCCGUCCCAAGCAGAUGGGGUUUGCCUCAGCUGUUUCUCACUGGCCUCCGCGCUCUUCUUUGCACCAGCUCCUGGAGCAUGACUCUGAGAAUCGUGAGAUGCCUAUUCAGGCUGCUGACUGUGAGAAGAGUUUCGACACGGUGGCUCUUCCAACUGAGAUGCCAAUCGGGAGCCAAGUCCACCAAAGAAUGCCCCCUCAAUGGGGAGUUGUCAAGAUUGCGAACAUUCCCUACUCAGUCACCCGGCAAGAAAUCAUUCAGUUCCUAGGUCGCCAGGCACGCCUCAUUACGCCGCAACAGGGCUGCGCAAUCCAUAUUAUAAUGGAACGUUCCACUGCUAAGACAAUGGACUGCUAUGCUGAGUUCCAGUCCGCGACUGAUGCCCAGGAGACAGCUACUCGCAUCAACCGAAUUUAUGAGACUGGCCGCGCUCCUCGUCUGGGUAAUCGCUCUGUUGACGUUGAGUUCAGUAACCAAGAUGCUCUGCUCAAGGACCUGUUCCCUCGUGCCAAAUGCAUCAUCUGGAAAGAUGCUAUGCCUACCGCUGCCCCCAAUAAUGAUCCCUUCUCUACUGGUUUCUCGGGCUUUUUCACCACCGAGGAAAUUGUCAAUGCCAUUCGCCAUGCAGAGAUACCGCACCGUUCUCCAUUCUCUGCGAAGUGUCCUCAGCGCACUUACGAGUCCACCAUCAGCACACUCUACAAGGUAAAACCCUUUCGUCUGUUGCCAUUGUACUUCCCGUGGUACGCUACCAAGCUGUACACAGUUCAUGCCCGCAAUCAAUUGUUUGAGCUGGUUAAUCGCCACAUCAUAUCUCUUGUUGCGCGAGUCAAGAGGUCGAACACAGUUGGUCUUGACCAAAGGCUGCUGCGUGAACUUCUUUAUGCUGGAUUGAAUUGUCCUGCCUUCAACGAGCGCCAGAAGUACACGCUGUGUGUCAAUUCGGAGGAUACCACAGAGAUCUUGAAGUUCCCAGAUAUGGGUAAAUGGUUCCCUUUCGAUACCCUCGUCAAAUUACCCAAGAUCGAAGAGAAUACACUUCUGACUGACAGGUUGAGCAUUCAGUAUUACGUCAAGUUGAUAUCGAAAGGUACCUUGCAUGACCGCACCGACAUGAAGCUGCCGAAUAACUUCCCUUUGACGAACAUUCAUCUCGAAUCCCCUUACGGUCGUAUCUGGUUCGAAUGGCCGCUCGACAUGGCUAAGACUACGAACUGGGAAGAUGCUUCCGCGCAUGAGAUGAGCAUCCUUAGUCAUCUUGUCCUUACCGGCUGGAUGAAGAAUGACCAGGAGAACACACAGAAAUCCGGCCUACUGCCCGAGUCUACCACCGCGAGCAGCCGCGAAUCCCAUGCAAACACCAUUGUGUCAUCUGGGAGUGACAAUAGUCCAAUCAAUGUUCGUUCCAGGACUGAUAUUUUCGCGACUCCUUCCCGUCGUGCAAGCGUUCAACUUGGCAGCCACCGCUCCUUUGCUGAGAGCAGCGAUGACGGCUGGCGCCGUACAAUGUAUAUGCAUUCUUCGGCUGGCAUGCGAGGUAGGUUCCCCGGUCAUCGGAAUACCAUGUCGUCUCCCACUUGCCUUCCGUCCGCAGGCAACCAUUGA